CCAGUUUUAGUUUAGCAGUAGGCGGAGCUUCACAGGGGAGGUCAUCACAAACAUGGCGUGGAGAGGAUGUGUAAUGAAAUGGGCCAAAACAGAGUUCAUCAAAAACACUAACAUUUCUUCACGAACUUCCAGACUUAGCCCUCACAACCAACAGAGGUGCGGUUUUCGCAGGGAAGCCAAAAGACCAGAAACAAAGAAAGGAAAUGUCUCCCAAGAAACAAACGCUUCACCCGCUGAGACUGGUGCACCUGGUCCCCCUCCUCCUCCUCCUCCUCCUCCCAGAGUCCCCAGACCAACACUGUUCAAACCGCUAAUGUUUACAAUAGGGUUUACAGGUUGCUCCUUUGGUGUUGCGGCCAUUCUGCAAUAUGAGACCCUGAAGUCACGAGUUCAGUCAGCAAAAGAAGAAGAGGAGUCAGAAAAAUUAAUGCAGGGCUCUCAGGACAUGGCAUACUGGCACGAGUGGUGGAACCAGCUGUCUGGCCUCCAGCGACAGCUCAUCCUCUUGAUGUCCACAGUGGACGACCUCUGGAGCAGCCUUACGGAGGGACAGAGGACAGUCACUGGUAUUAUCGCUUUAAAUGCUGUAGUCCUGUGUUGCUGGCGGAUUCCGUCAAUGCAGAGAAGCAUGAUUAAGUACUUCACGUCCAACCCAGCCUCCAAAACACGCUGCCUUCCCAUGGUCUUGUCCUGCUUCAGUCACUACUCCAUCAUCCACAUGGUUGCCAACAUGUAUGUCCUGUGGACAUUCUCCUCAGGGAUCGUUUCUCUUUUAGGAAAGGAGCAGUUUCUUGCAGUCUACAUGUCUGCUGGUGUGAUUUCCACUAUGGUUAGCUACAUGUGCAAAACAGCCACUGGGCGUCUCUAUCCAUCAUUAGGAGCGUCAGGUGCUGUCAUGGCGGUACUAGCAGCAGUCUGUGUAAAGGUGCCAGAGGCCAAACUAGGCAUUAUCUUUCUCCCCAUGGUCACUUUCACAGCAGGAAAUGCUCUGAAGGCGCUUAUUGCCAUAGAUACAGCAGGGCUUAUACUGGGAUGGCGGCUGUUUGAUCACGCAGCUCACCUUGGAGGAGCCCUCUUUGGAAUAUGGUAUGUGGCAUACGGUCACAAACUGAUUUGGAGGAAGAGGGAGCCCCUUGUGAAGCUGUGGCAUGACAUGCGUUCUCCAGGUGCCGGUGGAUCCAGGCCAGGAGGCGGACCUGGAGUCAGCGGUGCUGGACCUGGACCACGAUGAGACUCUUGUAUGGUCUCUGUGACCCUUUAUUGAAGGACCAGGGUUCAGCUACCUCAGGAUAUGCAAGGACUUUUUUUUGCAACAAUUUGGAUUUGGAUUUUAUUGUUUAAUAAAUAAAUACAGUUUUUUUCAAUUAGAGUGGGUAAUGAGCGUAAGAUGAUUUGAUUUAAUGCUGGGAACUGAAUUUUUAAAAGAAGCAGGACUGCGAUCACACCUUGUGUUUGCAAUCCAGAUGUUUACUAUGUAGACUGACACAAGGACCUCCAUGCUAUGUAUUGAAAUAUCAUCACUCUUUUACCUCUUGUGAAACACAUCACACCGGCUGUCCUCUUGUUAGCUUUUCCUGUUUGUAUUUGUAAAAGCAAUCGUUAAGCAUUGGGCAUAAAAAAUUGCUGUGUGCUGACACAAUUCAGUGAUUAAACCAUUAGCUGAAUUCAAAACAGUGUACAGUCCUGAGGACAGGUUUAUGGUACUAUUAAAACUGGAGUUUUAACAGUGA